AUCCAUUGUCCAUCAAGUUCCUUGUUGACAGUGGCCUCCUCAGCUCCUCUCCCCCAGCCCUAUCUAACAAAGCCGCCUCUGUUUCAUUCCUCCGCCUGUCAUUUUAGCUACAGAAAUCACCUAAGAAGACAAGCCCAGAACACCCUUCCUACUCGGGGACCCCUACCUCUUGGCUUCUUCUAUAUCUUCAUACAUAAAUCUAUACUUUCACCAAUUAUGCACAUUCGCCAUCUUUUGAUGAUUGAUAUGUAAUACCCAUCUUGUAUUUUGGAUAAACCACUAGCCCUUCAAAUUUCUCUCAUAAUAAUUUCACCAGUCUGGAGAGACUGGAAGUCUUGGGAAUUGGUUGAGCAGUAAAGGAUUUUGUUCAUCUUUUUCAUUAUGGAAGGAGAAACAUCAUGGGUCAGUCAUUGCUUUGAUGACAUUGCAAGAGAUACUAUUGAGUUUGAUUCAUCCUCAGAACUUAAUGAUGAAAGCAAUAGAGCCAUUACCCCAGUUCUUGUUGAUUUAAUAUUGCCUGAUGAUCUGUUGGAACGGAUUCUUGCCUGCCUGCCCAUUGCCAGCAUUUUUAGGGCAGGUUGUGUCUGUAAAAGAUGGCAUGAGAUAGUGAAUUCAAAGCGAUUUCUAUGGAAUUUCUCACAGAUCCCACCACAAAAACCUUGGUAUUUUAUGUUCACAAGCUCAGAUGAGCCAAUUGGUUAUGCCUAUGAUUCCAUCCUUAGAAAGUGGUACAAUUUUGAACUCCCAUGUAUUGAAACCUCCAAUUGCUUCAUUGCUUCAUCUUGUGGAUUAGUUUGCUUUAUGGACAACGAUAGUAGAAGCCAGCUCUGUGUUUGCAACCCUAUAACCAAAUGCUCCAAGAAGCUUGAGGAGCCUCCAGGUCUUAAGUUUUCUGACUACAGCGCAUUGGCAAUCUCAGUUGAGAGGAAACCUCGCAGACACACUGUGACUUACAGUGUCACAAUUGUCAAGUCUAAACAAGUUCCAGGGAACUUCUUUCAGUGGGAUCUCUCCAUCCACAUAUAUGACUCAGAAACAAUGAUGUGGGUAACCCCAUUCACGGAGACGUUAGAAGGGUGGAGAGGCGGGGAUGAGAGCGUAAUAUGUGAUGGUGUUUUGUACUUCUUGAUCUACUCUACUGGAGGUGGUCCUCCAUACAAUCGUCAUGGCUUAGUCACUUAUAAUCUCAUGAGCAGAUCAACCCAUGGUUUACUAAUGAGGAGUUUCAUUCCAGUGCCAUGUUCCCUUACUUGUGGUCGCUUGAUGAACCUCAAGGAGAGGUUAAUAAUGGUGGGAGGGAUUGGGAAACCAGACCGGCCUGAUAUUAUAAAAGGGAUUGGGAUAUGGGCUCUGAAUGGGAAGGAGUGGCAAGAGAUUGCACGUAUGCCACACAAGUACUUCCAAGGCUUUGGUGAGUUUGAUGAUGUUUUUGCUAGCAGUGGCAGUGAUGAGCUGCUAUAUAUCCAGAGUUACGGAGCCCCAGCUCUUCUUGUUUUCGAUGUGAACCAGAAACAUUGGAGGUGGUCAGUGAAAUGCCCUGUGUCGAAGAGGUUUCCUCUUCAGCUCUUUACUGGCUUCUGCUUUGAACCAAGGCUUGAAGUCAUGCCCUUACUUGAUGAUGUGAUGGACUGAGCCCUGAGGUGUUUCCUAAUGUCUUUGAUUUUGCAAUCUGUUACCCUCCUUGUUGCCCUUUUUUUUAUAUUUUUAUCCAAGGAGUUUUGGAAAGGUUUACAUAUGUGGUCUGUACCAGGGGGGAUGACUGUCUAUUUAUGAAAAUGGGAAUCUGAUUAUUAUUAUUAUUA